UAAUAUAAUAUAAAUAAAAGGAGAAUAGAGAAUCGAUAAGAAAGAUCGUUAAUGAAUUAUUUCUUAGAUAAUAUUUGUGGCUAAAAUCGGUUCGCCGGUAGCCACGUGUUUUGUUGACUGAUGUCUCGAUCGUGGAUAAAAGAUCGUCAGAGUGAUCGUGCGUGGAUCUGUAUUAAUAAGAAGAAGACGACGACGACGACGACGACGACGACGGUCAUGUGUUCCUGAUCAUAGGGAAAUUUUUUGUUAAAAAUAACAAAGAAAAAGAAAAAAAGAAAAGAAAAGAAGGAAGUAAGGAAGGACGUUAUCAUCGUAGGAGGGUGGGUGGAUGUGAUUUGUAAAUGACGAUAAUGUUGCCGAUGAUGUAACCUAUCCUAGCUAAGCUGGUGUUAUCGAUCUUUAGGUAGACGAAAUGACGCGCGACGGGAGAUUAUUAUUAUUGUUGGUAUUGCUUAUGGCGUACGGAUUACUCGCGGUUGAAUCUAGGUAUCAUCGCGAGGAUAGUUCUCUCGAGCCAAGAAGACAUCGGCACAGACACAGGCAUGAAACGUCGAUUAGCAGAAGGAAUCAUCACGAGCCGGUUGACAGACGAUCGUCAUCGAGUUGGUCACGAGAAUUGGAUUACGACGAAUACGACGAUAUAAAUGAGGAUUCACGACAAGACGAUGAUGAAUAUGACGGUGACGAUGAGGAUUACGAUGGUAUAAGGUCUUACGAGGAAAGGUUAUAUCCUAGAUCGAGAGGGAAAAAUUAUCAGGAAAGAAUAUACGAAUCGAGAUAUCCAAGACGUCAUCGUGAAAAUUAUUACGGUUGGUAUCACGAUGAGGAGAAACGUCGGAUUUCGAUGAGAUAUAAUUGGAAGAAUCGUCACAGGUCAAGAUUAGAAAGACUCGGUAGAAACCGGCACAGGGGAACAGCUGGAGGAGAAGGUGGAGGAGGAGGAGGAGGAGGAGGAGGUGGUGGCGGUGGUGGUGGAGACGGGGUCGGAGGAGGCAGUGGUUAUUCGAGAAACCGCGAAACUUUUCGCGAUGAUUUUAGCGAGGAAAACGACGAGGAGGAAGAGGAAAGGUCAGCGCGACGUUACGAUGACGAUACCGAUCGUACCGAUAAUCAUUAUUCCUCUUCGUCCUAUUCACCCUGGAGAAAUUCCAAGAAACAUAGGAACAAUUGGAGACGAGAUUGGAGAGGUAACAGGCAAAGUUCGAUUGGUUAUCGUAACGUAAAGAAAUUCUACGAUCCUACUAGCAUCGACCUCGAUAGUACGAGAAAAUUAAGGCUGGAAGAUCAAAGGAGAAGGAGAACGAACUUGACCGAGAGAAUCUUAGAGGAUUACGUCGAGAGUGAGAAAGAAGAUGAAGAGGAGGAUGAUAUUUGGAAGGAAGCCGAGAAAGAAGAGGAAGAGGAUGACGGGACUGGAAAUGUCGACGAUGAUGUUGAUACUGAUGAGGAACUCGAUAACGAUUUUUAUAAAAACGAAAAUAAGCCGCCGUUGAACAGUUACGACGAUAUCAUCAGAAGACUAACGUCAGAGGAUCCGAGUACGGCAAAGCCGACGGUUAAAAGGGAUUACAGGAACGUUGGUAUAGAAAAGUAUCCCUUGCGCGUAUCUUACAACAGCAACAACAGCGGAUCCAGAAAUCUUACUCGUCCGAAGGUCGUCGGCUCUUCUUACGUUACCAGCGCGUCCAGUUAUCUUGUAAAUAAAAAGCCGUCUAAGGGAGAGGAGGUUGUGGAUAUGAUGAGAGUCUCGAUGAUCAAGUCCGCGAGUGCAGAGAUCGAACGUAAACCCACGAAGAACGUGAUCAGUGUCGUGGUUAAAGACGAUGACGAGCAUUCUGGAAAAGCAAAGACCAAGAGUCUCGAGCAGGAAUACGAUGACUAUUUGAACACCGAGGACAACGAAAAGGAGGAGGAUCUCAUCAAGGCCGGCGUCGAUGAUGAUUCCGGCAUGCAAUCGGACGUCACUAACACGGAUUACAACGACAAUGAAACAGCGGAUAACCAUGAGAGGACAAUGAGUACGACUACUACUACUACUAUGAGUACAACUACCACUAGUAGUACUACCACAACAACGACCACACCUAAACCCACGCUUACUCAGCACUUCGACUACAGAGAUUCAAGAGCUUACGACAGUAGUACCGGCACUCAGUACAACGGCUACCAGGCGAAAAACGACUACCCUCCUAUGUCAGCUCACAGUGUCCACAAGUGGCAGUCUCUGGGUACUCGAAAAGGCGUUAAGGAGACCAGAAGCAACAUGCAGCAAUAUAACAAAAACGGCAAGACUGCACAAAUCGAAGAUGCUCUACAAUACGCUAAAAAAGUGUCGAAAGAAGGUAACUGUCAGUGGCCACGUCCAAGAGUUAUUCCGGUUCGCGAUGUCUACCCGAGUCCAUCGACCACCUACAUUCCACACUGCGCCAUCUUGCACAGGUGCUCGGACGAUACCGGAUGUUGCAGAUCGGAAGCACUCACCUGUGUGCCUAAGCACUCCCAUCGCGUUGAACUAUCCUUUUACAUGACAAGCAUCCUUGGUGCAAGCGUGGUGGAAAAAUUAUCAUUUUACAAUCACACGGAAUGCGAAUGUAGAGAAAAAUCCGAAUACGAUACGAACGAGAAAUCCCUCGAGCAGAGAUUCUAUCGUCACCAUCAGCUCUCUCCGCAGCCGCAAAAUAUGAGGAGAGCACCGCCAAGAAAAUCGUGCCGAUGUCCUUCAGAAUUUACACCGAAAAUCACGCAGGACGGAGAGUGCCAAUGUUACUGUUACGAAUAUAAUCAAAACUGCAUCAAAACGAAACGCGGAAAAGGAUAUUUUUCUUUGAGCGACAGAUUAUGCAUUCAAAAUAACGAAUGUGUGAUACCUAUCUGCGAAUUUGGCGAGUACAUGAGGCGAGAAGGUAAAUGUCCUAGAAAAAGGGACAAGUUCGACGCUAUCAUCAAUUUUGGUACGAGCUUCAACCAUCGAUAUAGAAGUUAGGUAAAGAAUACAAAAAAUUGACUUUUGUCAAGAAGGAAGAAGAAACGAAAGAAGAAUGAAAAAAAA